ACUGCGUUUUCUUUAACGCAGAAGAACAGAAUGAUCAGAAUCAAAAUGUGCUGCAGAUGAAUCUUCUCUUUUAUUCGCUCUCGGUGGUCUUCAUUUUACUCCACAAUGGUGUUUCCGGUGUCGGAUCAGAUGAAGUGUCAGUGAUGGAGGGAGAUUCAGUCACUCUAUACACUGGUGUUCAAACAAUCAAACAAUAUGAUAUUAAAUGGUAUUUUAAAGACACUCGCAUCGCUCAGAUCAAUGGAGAUCUCAAUAAGUUCUGUACAGAUGUUCAGUGUAAUGAAGGCACUGAGAGAUUCAGAGACAGACUGAAGCUGGAUCAUCAGACUGGAUCUCUGACCAUCACGAACAUCACAAACACACACUCUGGACUCUAUGAAGUGAAGAUCAUCACCAGCAGAGUCAGUGGAAAUAUCUUCAAUGUUUCUGUUCAUGGUGUUUCUGCUGCUGAACGAGAUGAAGUGAAGAGAAAGUCAGUGAAGGAGGGAGAAUCUGUCACUAUUGAUCCUGGUGUAAUAAAAAAACCAAGUGAUGUGAUGAUGUGGUAUUUUAAUGAAGCUCGCAUCGCUGAAAUCACUGGAGAUCAGAGUCAGAUCUGUACAGAUGAUCAGUGUAAAGAGAGAUUCAGAGACAGACUGAAGCUGAAUCAUCAGACUGGAUCUCUGAUCAUCACACACACCACAAACACACACUCUGGAGAAUAUAAACUACAGAUGAUCAUCAUCAACAGCACCUUCAGCAUCACUAGGGUGAAGAGAUUCAGUGUUUCUGUCAUCGAUGUUCCAGGGUCAGCUCUGUCUCCAGGAGCUGUAGCAGGAAUAGUUGUUGGUGUUAUUCUGCUGGUUUCUGCAGUUGUUGGUGCUGCUGGUGCUGUGAUUUACUAUCGUCACCACGAGAACAAUGCACCACCAGUACAACAGGAUGAUGCUGAUGACCCACCAGCUGAUCCCAAUGCCAUUCAUAUGGAAAACAUGGCACAUCCAGGUGAUGCUGAUAACCCACCAGCUGAAACUCUUUAA